AUGAGGAAUACACUCAGCGUUAUCAUAUUCCUUCACAUAGUCUCAAUAACCCAGACGUCAUUCAUCCGGCUGAAUAAUGGCAGCUAUGAAGAGAUUGUCAUUGCCAUCAACCCCGGAGAACAGGAAGAUGGCGCGCUUAUUGAAAAAAUUAAGGAAAUGGUGAACGAUGCGUCGUUGUAUCUAUUCCAAGUGACACAGAACCGGGUGUCCAUAGGAAAUGUGAAGAUCCUGAUCCCGUUAACUUGGAUGUCAACAAACAAGUAUACGGCCCGUACGAGAGAAACCUACCAGAAGGCGGAUGUUAUUAUUUCUAAUCCUGCUGUGAAUUCUGGUGAUGGCCCAUAUACCGUCCAGUACAGAGGCUGCGGGGAGCCGGGAGAGAACAUUCAUCUAACACCAAAUUAUUUGCUGAACACAAGUCUUUCCUCCAUGUACGGACCUCCAGGAAGAACGUUUGUUCAUGAGUGGGCGCACCUUCGCUGGGGAGUCUUUGAUGAAUAUAACACUAAGAUUCCCUACUACAUUUCUGGGGAACUUAAAGUGGAAGCUACCAGAUGCUCUGCAGGACUUAAAGGCAGUGACAUGAUAGAAGAAUGUAAGGAGGGUACCUGUUCACUUAGAGACUGCAAAAUUGAUCCCAACACCGGUCUAUAUGAACGAGGAUGUCUCUUUUUGCCUGAGAAGGUCCAGGAUGUGCAGGAAUCCAUCAUGUAUUCAGCAGCACUCCCUUCUAUAACAUCUUUCUGUAAUAGCAACAAUCAUAACAUCGAGGCUCCGAGUCUACAGAACCGGAUCUGUUAUGGCCGCAGUGCGUGGGACAUCAUCGUGAACUCUACAGACAUCAUCUCUACGUCACCGAGAUCCAGCAGCGGUCUACCUGCUCCUACAUUCACAUUACUGCAGUAUAAGCCAAGGGUGAUCACAUUAGCUUAUGACAUUUCUGGAAGCAUGGUUACGUCUAAUCGCAUCGGUCGGUUACUUCAGGGAACUGAAUUCUUCCUCUCUCAGAUUGUGGAGACAGGAUCUUAUGUUGGGAUCGUGGAGUUCGAUACUUUUGCAUACGUUCGUUCCCCGCUUGUUCACAUAAAGAGUGAAGGGGACCGGGAAAAAUUAAGAUCAGGGGUUCUUUUAGAAGUUUCAGAUUAUGUUGGGGAUCUCUGUAAGGGAAUCCGUGAGGCACUAAAGGUUAAUGAAGGGUUGGAUGGCUCGGCGGCUGGCAGUGAAAUAUUGCUGGCCUUUGAUGGAGAAUCAAACUUUGCAAAGUGCACCAAGGAGGUCUCAGCUAGUGGAGCCGUCAUACAUGUAAUGGCACUGGGCCCUGAUGCAUCAGCAGAACUUGAACAUAUUGCAGAUAUGACUGGAGGACAAAAACAUUAUAUCCCAGAUACAUCUAACGGAAGUGAUUUACUCAACGCCUUCAGUGCUAUCUCCAGUCAAAAUGGUGAUGUUACUCAACAGCCUGUCCUGCUGGAAUCUAGAAGUUUAGAUCUUGCCCCAGGAGGUUGUUUGAACGGCACCAUAUUUAUUGACAGCACAGUUGGCGCAUCCACUUUCUUCCUAGUAACAUGGCGGAGUACAGUACCCAGCAUCCAUCUGCAGGAUCCCAAUGGAAAAUGUUACACCGAGGCUGAAUUCAUCAAUAAUACUCAUUCUAGUUCAUCUAGACUUCAAAUCCCAGGAAAAGCGGAGACUGGGGCCUGGAAUUACUCCCUUUGUAAUAAUCUGGACAUAAAUAGAGAAGUAGGUAUAAUAGUGACAUCCAAGGCCGCGGGUGAAAAUGUGCCUCCAGUUACCAUAAAUGUCCAUAUGAACACGGACACAAAUGAUUACCCCGACCCCAUGAUCAUCUACACCUCGGUGCGCCAGGAUCUCCUGCCUGUGACCAACUUACAUGUGACAGCGACUGUAGAAGCAGAAAGUGGCCGUACGGUGACUGUAGAACUUCUAGACAAUGGAGCAGGUGCUGAUGUGUUCAGAAAUGAUGGCGUCUACUCAAGAUACUUUACUUCUUUCUCUGAAAAUGGAAGAUAUAAUUUAAAAGUCCACGUGGAAUCUCAAGAAGGAAAGAAUGGUCUUGUGCUGCUCAGAAGUCACGCUCUUCACAUCCCUGGAUACAUAGAAGAUGGCAGAAUAUUGCUGAAUCAUCCAAGGCCACCAGUCAGCGCUGAAGAUCUCCGUAUUAUUGUCGGCCACAUUAGUAGAAUGGCUUCGGGGGGCACCUUUAUAGUAAAUAAAGUACCGGCAGCACCACAAGUCAUCACCCACAAACCUUGUAGAAUUACUGAUUUGGAAGCGAAUGUGAAAGGAAACUCUGUGGUCUUAUUGUGGACAGCAACCGGUGGAGAUCUGGACCAAGGCCAAGCUUCACAAUACGACCUGCGGAUGAGCAGGAAUCCCAGAGAUCUCAGGGACAACUUCAAGGACUCCGCUUUAAUUGAUGUCUCCGGCCUGACUCCACAACGAUUUGGAUCCCAGGAAUCAUUCACCUUUCACCCUAGAAAUAUGUCUGAUAAAAAUGGAAUUGUUCUCUUUUUUGCCCUGACGGCCAUUAAUCAAAAGAAUCAGGAGUCAGAUAUUUCUAACAUAGCACAGACUGUGAUCCUCUCCAGCUCGAGCCCGGAAACGUCCACUGUCAUAUCCGUAACACCACAAGGCGUUUCUAGUUCCCAAAGUGGCACUUCUAUAUCACCACCUACAACCUCACAUACCACUCCUACCAGUGAAACUUUUCCUUCAACUGAUACCCCUAAAACAUUGUCCUUUAGCAGUUCUGUCACAUCUGUAAGCAUAUUCCCAUCCUCUAUAGUCACCUCGCCACCCAAUGGAGUCUCUGCUAGUAACUCAACUACUAGCGGGUGGAUACCAACGGAAAUCACCGGCACUACUGUUCUUUCAACAACUUUUUCCCAAACUAUUCCACCAACUACUAGCGAGAGGAUACCAACAGAAAACACCGGCACUACUGUUCUUUCGACAACUUAUUCCAAAACUAUUCCACCAACUACAAGUGAGAGGAUAUCAAUGGGAAACACCGGCACUCCUGUUCUUUCAACAUCUUUUUCCAAAACUAUUCCAACUACAAGCGAGAGGAUACCAACGGAAAACACCGGCACUACUGUUCUUUCGACAACUUUUUCCCAAACUAUUCCACCAACUACAAGCGAGAGGAUACCAACGGAAAACAACGCCACUACUGUUCCUUCAACAACUUUUUCCAAAACUAUUCCAUCAACCAACUUCACUCAGCCACCUAAUGGACCAGCCAAUACAGCGACUGACAGCUCUGUUACACCAACAAGCUCCGCAACUGGCGAAAGUGACUCUACUGGGACCUUGUUAACUAAAAACACAACUGUUGCUGCCCCAUCAACUAUUACACCUAACUCAUCUCCUGCUAAUAUAAAUGUGGAAAAAAAUGUGAACAUGAUCAACAUUAUGCUAGAGCUUAAUGGAAAGCAAAGAAAAGCCCAGCAAGAUCUUACAGUAAACCAAAGGAUUCAUUGUGACAAAAAAGUUAAGCUGCGCUGUGAGAACUUGUUUGCCACGAACCGGACACUUUCCGAAAGCUCGCUGAACUCUAGCAGCAGUUCUCUGGUGAAGCUUAAUAAUGGAGGUUACCAGGAUAUUGUUAUUGCCAUCAACCCGGCGGUACCAGAAAAUCCCAAAAUCAUUGAAAAUAUAGAGCACAUUGCUAUACCUCUUGUGCAUAUACUUAUCUAG